AUGAAAACUGGAUACGGGUUAAACACGUCGGACUCCCUUGGAUAUCUGGGAUACAGCUCCAAACCACACUCCUCGCUCACCUACCUUGGCAGUAAAGGAUACAGUGCUCCAUCCUCUGGAAUACGUUCGAGAAGUGCUUUCGACAGGGAUGCGAUUAUCUCCAAAGUGAAGAAACCGAAGCUAAGAAAACCAUCCAUCGAUAAAGUCGAUACACCGCUGUACAAGAAGAAAACGUUCGAUUUCACGGACUACGCGUACCGUGAGGCUGUAAAUCGUCUGAAGUUCUUGUUGACGGAAGCAUACGAGCCGACGAAGCUUGCCACUUCUUUCUAUUAUCGCAACGUGGAUGAUGGCAAAUCGGAAGUAUCCGAUAGUCAGUCCGUUAUUGAACGACCGUCCAUAACGGAGGUGUCCAAGUACUUUCCCACAACCACUGUGUCGAGGUACGGAAGCACGUUGGGAAGGCGGUAUAGCUUCCUCAACAAGGACCUUCAGACUGCUCAAGUGGGUGGUUCUGUGGGAGCUCUCAAACCAGCCCUCUCGAACUCCAGCCUACAUCCGGCUACUUCCGCUCAUAUACCGCAAGCCCUUGAUUUGGCGCAACCUCCACCUGAGCUUCUGGGAUUUAUUGAAAAGCAGGAAAGCUAUAUCGAGCAGUUGGAACGCGAGUCUCAAUACUGCAGGGAAGAGCUUUCGACAUUGUUGAAGAAAGUGAAGGAGGUUGUGUCCGAAAAUGAAGCCCUCACGGAUCGGUCCCGUUCGAAGGCGCUUUAUCAGCUCGAUUCGUCCGAAAGCGAGGACGUCGAUUACACGGAUCGGAGCAAGGGAAAAGGACCCCUCUCGGGACCGAGCAUCGUGUUUGAGUCACGCAUCAGUGAGCUGGAGGCACAGCUGGCCCAAUCACAGAUCGAUCUGAAAAAACUGUUCAACGAGAAUGAGGAAAACAAACGCAAGCUGCUGCACGGUGCCAGUGACGUAGGAAAUGCGGACGCGUACCGGAAGCAAGUGGAAAAUCUUCAGCGCGAUAAGCAGAACCUCGAAGAGACGGUGCGCAAGCUGCAGCUCUCGAUCGAUCAGCUAAAGGACUCGGAAGCUUGCAGCUUCAGUAAAUCCCAACGUAGCCGUGACAUGAUCGAGCAGGUGGCCUUUGAACGCAAUCAGGCGGAGAUCGAAAUUAGGCGCCUUAAGGAUGAGCUCGAGCGGCAGCAUGAACGCGUCCGCGAGGUCCAACACGAAAUGGCCAAACGCUUGGCAGAGGAGCGAGCUAGUGCCGAACGUCGCUAUACUUACCAUGUCGAUCAGCUUGGAGGUGAUCUCAGCAGCCAGUGGGAACACGCCACUAAGCUGCAGUUGGAGGUGGAACGCAUGAAGCGCAUCGAGUCUGACUACAAGCGCGAAUUAAACCAAAAAAGCUGCCAGAUUGACGAGCUAAAGAUGGAGCUGAAGAACAAAUCGGCCAUCUUUAUGUCCGAUCUUAACCAGGGCAGUGCGGAAAAGCAAUCGCUGGAGCAGGAGAUCACAUCCUUAAGGCUGCAGCUGGAGCGUGCGGAACGUCAAUCGAAAGUGGAAGUAUCUCGCCUGAAUGCUGAGAUAACAUCCCUUCGGCAGCGGCUCGAUCGGGCUGACGCUGAUCUGUUGCACUCGAAGCGGGAAAAUCUCAAGCUCGCCGAUGAAGUAGCAUCCCUUGAGAAAGAAUUGACUCUGGGAGAACUCAACAGAGAAACGCGUCCUUCGAAAGAGCUCGCAAAAAUCAUUUCCGAUAUGGAAGCAAAGCACAGUAACACCGUUUCCGAACUCGAGGGCAUGAUACAAGAUCAAAAACAGCUCAUGGAAAAACUAACUGCAGAAUGCAAAAGCUUGACGCAUAAGUUAGAGGACACCACACAGAAGCAUAAAGAGGAAAAGCGUGAGCUCCGCCAGACGAAUUCCGAACUGAUGGAGCGACUGAAGCAAAUCUGGCACAACUACAAACAGAUUAGUCCCGCAUUUCGGAAAUCGAGCCUGGUGUCGAGCAAUGGCGGCGAUCUGCCCGAGCUUUUGGAGGACGAUUCUUCAUUACCCGCUCCACAGCAGUCAACUCAGGAUCACGGCCAGGAAGCACCGCUGCCCGGUAUCCACCACCGGCGGUCCCCAACGAUCGAGUCCUGCCCUCGGACACUUUCGAUGACGCAGCUUCCGGUGGAGUCGGAGCUGGAAGACAAUACCCGCCACCAUCGGGUGCCGGUGGCAAAUCGUCACGACCCGAAUCUCGAACAUCCGAUCGCCAGCAGUACGCCCCACCGAAGCAACCGCCUGAACUUUCCCGCAACAACUCCGUCGCCGAGUACGGCAAGUACGACGACAAACGGAGCGAGUCUCGGUUGUCUCGCAGCUCGGUCACCAACGAGGACGGAGGAGUGGGCGGGCGGGCGGGAGGACCUGUUUCAAAGGAGCCGGAGUAUGGACGUGCUGUGGAACCAGAGCGGUUGUCGCGAACGAGUGAUUCCACUAAACCGGACAGCACCGGAGGCGGUGGAGCGUCCGGAAGUAGUGGCCGAUUGUCGCGAGAAUCCGUGGCCGACCAGCGAACCUCGCGGCAGUCGAUGCAGUCGUUGGCCGGAUCACAGCAGUACGGUGCAACGGAUCCAGCAGAUCCCACCGCAGCUCAGUACGCGAGUCAGCAACCGUACGGAGAGUUCGGGUACCAGCAACAACCGCUGGAUGAUCAAUCAGCCGCAGGGGCAGUUUAUGGCGAAGGAUACGACCAGCAGCAAUAUCCCGAUCAACAGCAGUACGAAGGAUAUGCCGAGCAGUAUGAACAACAGCAGGCCUAUGAUCAGCAGCAGUACCAAGGCUAUCAGCAGCCAUAUAAUACACAGCAAUACGCCCCUGAACAGGUUUAUGAUGAAUCCAGCUACGCCACCGGAACCGGUACAGUGCAGCAACCCCAGCAACCUGUGGCACCAGCAGCUCCAGCAGCAGCAGCACCAGCAGCAACAAUCACUUCACAGUCACCUACCCAAAUAUCCGCACCAGCAGCCGUCGCACCCGCACCACCCGCCGCCGCCGCACCAGCACCUGCACCAGCAACAGUCACCGGCGGCAGCACUAAGCAGCAAUCAGGAGCCACCGGAAAGUCUGCAGGCUCAGUGGAACAAAAGGAAGGUAACCGAACUGUGGGGAAUACGCGUUCCGGUGCUUCGUCCCGGGCAGGAGCAAACGGACAGCGAUACAAGCAACCAUCUGGCGCGGGACGGUAAGUCGUCGGCGCAUCCUUGCUGCAGCAAUAGCAUGCCUCGGCAGCAGCUGCCGAAGACGUGCGGGUUUCAGCCAAUCGAUAGCUACCCGACACUAAGCAUAAGCAGCCCGAGCCUGUUUGGUAGCAGUCCGGACGUGAGUGAGACGCCGUCUCCAACGUCUACGGUGUUGAAAAACUACGACGCGGCUAGUCCCAACCCACAGUGAGGGGGUUUUCCUGGAGAGUUUUUCAAUGAGCAGGCAAUAGUCUACCGUUGGUUUGUUUGUCGCGAGACGUAAUGUUGUGGGUUUGACCGUA